GACUGGGAGAACCAGCACAGGAACAACAUCUGAGACCAAACCUCCCCCCUCUUCCCCCCCUAACUCAUCCCCCGAGUCCCGCUGGACAGACAGACGAAACACCUAGACGGGAUUGACAGCGCGCAAGACGCGGAACUGGCGAGAUAUUUUGGAGAUUCGUCCACGCGCGCCGCAGAGAUUGAAGGUUUACUAAGCCCCCCGCGUGGAUGUGAAUGAAUGGGUUCGCCUGUGUGUGUGUGUGGUACCGAAGUGGGUCAUGCGGACCACUGGAGGAGCGAAAGAUAAACACGCUGCACCCUCCUCCUCCUCCUCCUCCCGCUGCUGCUGCUGCUGCCUGGCAGGUUGAGAUGGUGGGCGCUCAGAGGAGGGAUCCCAGUCUGUGUCCUCAUCCCAGCACCACUCAGCAUCAGAUGAUGCUUUGAUUUAAUCCGCCUCCGAAAAAAGUCACUAACUGAAAAAAGCAUCUCCAGACUCAAGGCUGGAACCAUCCUCAGAAGAAGGCAAGAAAGCACAACGCAAAGACCUCAUCCAAGCUCUGUCUGCCGUUUUUCCAUCUCUCUCUGAAGAACCUGCACGGUUUUCCGAACACCUACUGUAACUGAUCGAUAAUUCCCUUCAAAACGAGGAGAUCCAUCCAUUACUUUCACAGCAAAUCAAAUCGGAACCGAGCAGAGCGCAGCGGCUCUGCGCGCCGAGCGGAUGCAGGACCAUGGAGGAGAGAGACAGGUCGCCAGCAGGUGAGUGAGUAACACCUAGAUGCACCCUGAAACCAGGUCAGACUACAUCAGAUGUUGUCUGCAAAGAAAAAGGUCAAAAGUCUGUGUUUUCAUGUUCAGAUCUAUAUAUCACAGCCUUGGAGAUCUCGAGCCAUAGCCUAUGUGGAAAGCUUUUCCAAGACUUGAUGCUCUGAUUACAAGUGACUAAACUUUGACUCACUCUUUAGACAGUAUCCAUGAAUUCAUCAUAAAGUCGUCCUUGAAAGCCUGCUGUGUAAUAAAGCAUAAAUGUCAGCACUUAUUAUACAGAACCACAGCUUAAAUUGCAUUAGGAUAUGAUUAACUCUAACUAGGUUUAAUACUUGAGCUUUGAUUUAAUUUCUAAUUUCACCCAUAUCAAAUCACCAUACCCACACCUUUAUGUGUGUUUCCUCUCUGCAUCUCUGAUUCCGUAUGAUGGAUGUGAGGGCAUAUGGGGCACUCCACUUCUAAUGGUCCUCCUCCACUUCAUCAAGAGUAGAUAGGCAAUAUCUCAUCCUUAAUGCUGUCUAAUGCAUUUAAAUGAGCAGCUGACUUGACAGAGGGAACCCUAUAAAUGCAAAGACCAGAGGCUGAUAAUGGGCCCUGCAGAAAAUGCACAUGAAUUUGCCACCGCCACACACAUUGUGUUGGUUAGAGGGAGCAUGGCGUAAUGGGAGGGCUAUAUUCUCUAAAGGGGGAGUUCACCCCGAAAUACAACAAAACUAAGCAGCUGUAUUUGUAGAGGCUAUGUGCAUUACUGGCCAAAAUAGCAUGAAAACCUUUCAAGGUAAGGACUGGAUAUACUUUCAAAUGGCAGCAAAGUCUCUAUUUUAACAUAGCUGAACUGAAAUGCACUUUGAAAUCAAAGAUGUGAAUAUGCAUGCAAUCUUCAAAAGAGUUAACACACGUUACAUAAUUAUAUUUGAAGCCAAACUUUCUUAUCAUUCUGCUAGAGAGAAAAUGCCUAGAAUGUGACCUACUGGACUGAAACAUUAUCCCAAAUAGAAAAAGCUAGGGUAAAACUGUGGCUUCGUAUAACUAGACAAUGACUUAAUCCAACAUCUGGCUUAUGUACUCAUGCCAGCAGAAUGCAUCGCUCCCCCUCACACAGUCAAACAACACAAAGAAAAGCUGUUUGCAAACAUGUCUGACUCAAAUCAUUGAAUUACUGUUAUAAAGGCAAAUCCGGCCCAGCAGCUUGUCUUUUGUUAGAAAAAUAUGGCUGCUCAGAGGACAGACAGGACAGAAACAUUGGGAGUUAUAGGACACGUAGAGGACAAGAAGUCUUUUUUUUUUCACUCACUUGUUCAGGUUUCAUAAUGAAAUAUCUUUAGAUUACAUCCUAACCUGCUGCCAUGUGAGUGAGAAAACAGCUGCCUAAUGGAUAGACCUGUCAAUCAUCAUAUAUGCAUGUGGGCGUAUGUGAUCAUAGCUUAUAUUCAAGCGUAUAUUAAGCAUCAUUGGAUUUAAUGAAUCUCAUUACUGCGCUAUAUACUGUCAGUUUUCCCUGAUACAGUUAUUAUUUCAUCAUUGAAUUAAUAAAUAAGCGAUUCAUGUACAGUAUGCGCUUGUUUUUAGUUGACUUCUAUUUCGUAUUUGACCCCCUAUAUUGCCUUUCCCCUGCAGCAAAUGCCAAUAACCAGUCAUGCAAUCAUAGCAUGGAUUUGAAUUUAAGACCAGGAGAUAGAAAAAGAGAGGGAGAGAAAGGGAAAAGGGAUAAAGAGAGGGAUAGAGAGGGGGGUGAGUGGGGGGGGGUUAAAUGCACCCUCAGCAAUCAACAUUAGUGCACUGAUUGUGUUUAGAGGCUAUUGUGUACAAGCCUGAUCCCUGUGUGCUGUUGGUUUGCCUUAAAGUAGAGGACAAACAUGAAAAAAAAACUGCCCUCCUUAGCACUGCUGUUACAUCAUUAAGCCACCCCUCUUUUAGACCCCAUUUUCUGAGCUCAUAUUAGAGUCCCAUUUCCUCAUGCAUUUGACAUCAAAGGGAUGCAGUCUAUAGCAUGUGGUACAAAGGGAGGGAUGCUUCAAUUCAGUCUCACUGGAUUCCUCCAACCUCCCCUCUGUGAUCACAUGGAGGCUCCCUGUUAGAACUUGAGGCUACUGGAUUGUAAUAGUGUGGGGGUUAGGUACAGCACACUAUGUUCCCUGGGUAGCUUAUUGCAGUGAUGUUUCACCGCUAAAUGAUGUUAUUUUCAGGACAUGAUUAAAGUGGGGGUGAUGAUGACAUGGCGCUCUAUAGUUUUUCUAAUCCCAAAGCCUUAAUCCUGGAUAACAAUAUUGAUGGUUUCUGGGGUGGGAUGUUUUGUUGUUGGUAUUAUACUACAGUGUUUUGUCCACUCGGAGUCCAAUUAAUUUGUUUUCCAAUGAAAGACAUUACGCUUUAGCCACAAGUGGAUGCAUCUUUGUACUAAUUCUCACUCUCAGGCAUUGUUUGGGUCCAUUUGACCUUGGGUCUCCUCAUCAUGAGAAUUAGGUCGUCUAAGUAGAAGGCCUUUCUAAGAAUGAGAGUGUUUUAGUGUAUCAUCAAACAGUGGCCAUUUUUCUUUGACUAGCAGGAAGAUCAAAUACUGCCAAAUGUGCUGAGUUUUGAUGUUUUAAUUGGAUAAUACAAAGGAUUGGACAAAAUGUCAUCCUUACAACUACUACAAAUGAAUAUGAAAAUACGAAGACAUUUGGUCAUUGUACAGGUUGGACACUUACAGUUUUGGUUAAUCCAUUAGCCACCUUUUUAAGAUCACUAGUUUCAGAAUUAUCCUACUUAGCUAUUGUAACCUAACUCUGUGACAUUUAAGGCUGCUAUUAAGUGGUUAAUGCUGAUAUUUGUCAAAUCUGUCUAAUAGUAGGUCAUCAAAUAUAUUGUUUCAACUUCGAAGAUGACUUAACACCUCUUUUGAUUUGGAUUUUUUUUUAUUGUCAUUUAGUCCCUUUUGAUCAAAUAUCCUAAAUGAAUAUACAAAAAAAAAAAAAAAAAAAAAAAAAAAAAAAAAAACGUAAUAAGCUGGAUAACAGCUGCAUGGCAUGAGAACUGCAUUUUAGCCAAUCUGCAACAUAUGAAGUGCUAAAAACUGCAGUUCUAUGGAUGUCCCAUUGAGACUGGCUGCAAAAACACCAGAUACCACAUACACACUCAUUUAGAAAAGCCAAUUUUUAAACAAAUUAAACACUUUAUAUCUUUGCUCAAAAAAUGAUUUUAGUCCAAACAGCUGAUUUCUUUAUCUGCUCACAUUAUUCUUGGGGGUUGAUAAUGCAGUUUUAAUUUUAAAGCAAUUUAGGUUACAAAUUUUGCUUGAUCGGAGGCACGGCUGAUUUGACCGACAGGUGGGCACACUCUCGCUGUUAUUUGGGGGCGAAAGGCCUGCUUUAACUCCACCUCUUGCUUCUUGCUAGGCCAACCAAGAGUGAGUAUGAGUCAGCAUUUGUGUCUAUUGCUGCCAAUAGGCUUCAAAACUCUUCUUCAGAUACCAAUAGGUGAUGUAUUUGUACAUACUUUGAUGUAUUUAACAUUGUAUAGUUUUAGCUUCACAUCUUGAGUGUAAUACCAUAUGGAAAUGGUGGGUCAGUAUGGUCAUUGGGAUGUGUGACUGAAACAGAAAGAGAAAUGAUGAUAAAAAUAAGAGCGAAUGCAAAGAAAGUCAAGGGACAGGUUACACAGGCUUCGGUCUCAGCAGGGUCUCAAGAACAGGUGAUUUGUCAGAGGGAGCGUCCUCAGACCGGGCUGCUGAUUCAUGUAUCACGGCACAGCUGGGAGUUUCUCUAGCCUCGAGUUGAUGGAGGCACUACACCCACUACUUCACCAACUGAUUUCUAAAGAAAGGUGAUUCAGGCUUUGUGUGUGAGUGGGGAACAGAGUGUCCUGACUGCAACUGGCUGUCAUGAAGAGGCUUAUUUUAGUUUUGAUUGAGCGUUGGACUUUUCAGAAUUGCAGUGAUUUUUCUUAUUCCUCAUACUAAAACAACAAAGAGAGGGACAUAGAGAGACAAAAAUACACAAAAUCCAUACGUGCUUCUGUGCAGGCAGUCUUUUUAAUUUCAGACUGACAGUGAAAAAAUCCACAUCAGUCACAUCUUAUUUCACUCACUUUGACCUGCAGGCGGAGCAUGUUGGGCAUUUUGACAGUAAAUUGGACACAAGAGAUCAGUCUUCACCAGUAAUGACUCUUCAGCCUAGAGCAAAGCAACUGGUCCAUUAGUAACGGAGAGAGAUAGAGAUGCAAGGCAGGCUCAGCCGUCUAUUUAUUUCUUUCAUUAGUCCCUAGUUUACAUUUUCUGGAACUCACAGGAGACAAAGAGGAGAGGAGGGUAAAAGGGGGAAAACAGUGAGUGUGUAAAGCUGCCGACCCUGACCUCCUACUUACUCGAAGAGCAUUGUGUAUUUUGCUUUUUUGCCCAGAUUUCAUCUUUCCCUGGCUGCAGUAGAGCUCAUCUCAUGUUUGCAAAUCUGUAUUCAUGUUAGAUCCUCUCCUUUUUAAGGUCUUAAUACAACAGUCAAUGUAAUGCCACAGUUCACUAAAACUGUAUCACUCAUGUAGCUUACCCUGGAUGAGCCAAUAAUUUGCUGAAUACUCAAUUAUGACAAAAAAAGUGACAAUUUCUGAGCUCUGCUUCCUCUAUUUAUGAGUAUUAACAAUGCUUCUGCUCAUCUUUCUGGAGUUGAUAGAAAAUUAGAGUUUGAUUCAUAAACCAAAUUAAAUGAACAAACAAUAGUUUUGGCAGCACUAUAGGAGGUCUAAGUUGGUGUUUGAAAAAAGAAAUGUUUCGUUGUGUUUUAUGUCUGUCAUAUGUCAUGAGACAAAAGAAGACAGAGGUUUCUAAGGAUUCAUCUCAAUUCCAAUUUGCAGCUUUGUGUUUGGAGAAGAAAAGGUCACCUGUUCAUUCGGUUUAAUCUCAUGUGUGACAGGUGGGGUCGACCACAACAGGUUCCAAGGCUGCUGAUGUAAAAAAAUAUAUGUUUUAGCUUUUUCUUCCAAGAACUACCUUUUUUUAAAGAGAGUUUGCUGAGAAUGCACCAAGCCAUGCAUGUACGAGUAAUUGCUAAAUGGUGCAAGAUUGUCAAUCCGUAUCUGAGGAGGAAUUAAUAGCUUGAAAACAGAUUGUGCCUGUCUCACAAAAACCUUGUCUCUUCACAUUUUGGGAGACAGAAGAGGUUGUUUUUGACAUGGCUUUAAACUUUCAGGCACUUAGAUGUCAGCAAAUUGUUCAAUGACAAUUUUAAAACUUAGAUAGCUAGUAUUUAAUGAGAUUUAAAAAAUGAUGAUAUAAUCAGAAGUGACAAAAACAGCAUGAGGAAUAAGUGAGCAGCACAGGGAUUGUUUUUUUCCUAACUGGAUUUGGGCUGUUUUUGUAAGAUCAUCGUCAUCUGUAUGUGAAGUGUUGGUGUUAACUUGUCUUUAAACACCUGAGAGGGUAGCAGAGGAGCAGAGGGCAUCAUGGGAGAUCAGCAGGGCAUGUGGCUGUAGUUGAACACGAAUGCUGAGUCGUGCGGGGUCUCACAGCUGCUCCCUCUCAGAGGUAGGAACACAAAGGGCCUUUUGAUAGAGUGUCACUUAGCGACUGAUACACUCAACCUCCCCUAAGCACAUUCAAACACACACGCACACACACACACACACACACACACACACACACACACACACACACACACACACACACACACACACACACACACACACACGCUCACAACUAUCUCCCACGGACCUCAUAACUUCGUCCCCACACCUCUGGACUGCUCAAAACUGCAGUUUCUGGUUCACACAUAUAGCGUCAUCACAGCCGUUUCCCAACCACUCAUCACAUUUCAGGACUCUUAAUCCAGUUCUGCAGAGGAAAUGAGAGCAAAGCAUUCUGGGCUUUUAGGUGGGGUGUGCUUUUGUCUUUGUGGGCGCUGAGUAAUGUGAUUAAGAUCCAUGCUGGAGUGCAGCACAUUCUGCAUUAUGGAAAGAGAGCUGGUAAACAAGCGCUUUCUUGCUCUCGCUGAUGGAGGCUUGUGGGGCCACGCAGGGUGGGCAAUCGGAGGAAAUGUCUGUCUGUCUGUCUUUCUGUCUCUCCUUUCUUAAUGUUUAACCACCAAACUUGGACUGCAGACUAGUUUUGGAAAAGAAUCAACCUUUGUGUUGACUCGCUGAGGGCUAUACAGUGGGCACGCUCAGUAUGAGUAGGCUAGAAUAUUCAUAGUCUCUUAUAUAAUCAUGCUUGUGAUAAAAUCAAGAAGCAAGACAUUUCUACAGGCACUCUUUCUUCAGCAGUGCUUUUUCUUGGAUAAAGAAGGACGAGCCAAGAACGCAAUGCUGUAAAUGGCCACAUACUAUUUUAGUUUACACUGUCUGAUCACUAUAUUUAUCCUGCUCUUCCCACAAGAUAGCGGAGGAACCUCAGCACCUUCAUUGUUUCUCAACAAAGCUUCCUCUUACCGUGUUUUCAUUAAGCUUUAAAAAUGCACCUGACAGUCGGCAAGGACAGAUUCGAGUCGCUCCAGUUUUAAAAGGGGUGCGAGAAACUGGCUUCAGGGGGAGAACAGACAAAGGGCAAAGCGGUUGUCUUUGAAUGAUGGAUGAAAAAGGCCAUCAGCAAAAUUGUUUGUGCUGAUUUGAUGUCUAUUAAUGUGCGUGCUGUGUAUGAUUGGAUGAUUAAAUGUGAUUGUUUCAGAGAGAGACAAUGGGUAACAUCAUUAGUGUGAUCCACUUCAUUUGCUCAAGAAGGGUUUGUUUGAUAGUUUUUGUUUGAAUUUCUAACCCCACUUGGGUAACAGAUGCUCACUUGCGCAGCGAAUCAUCAACAUUUACUUAUUUUAAAAGUUGGCACAUUUAGGGUGUCUCCAUCAGAGUUAUUUUCCCCCUCCGAGGAUCAGCUUGACCUAUUUCAAACUUAGCACUUGUGAUAAUCAGCAACAACUUUGUCUUUGCUGUAUAGUUUUUUCUUCAGCUUCAGCAAUUUCACCAGAAUAGACAGGACAACUGCUGUGCAAACCAAAACCUGCCAUCCAGUUUUCCUCCAGCCCCCCUGAUUGUUUCUGUGCAUGAGCAGAGUGGUCACAGGUGACCAGUGGCACACCCUCCCAGCAUGCAUACACCUCUAGGCUGUCAGCUCUCUUCAUUUGUUUCCAUUUGUUAGUCCUUCUACCUGCUCAUAUUGAUUUUCCCGUAGCUGUCUGCCAGUAAGUGCUGUCUGAGACUGGCCAUAUCUGAAAGCGGGCAGAGUGAUCUACAGGGACAGCAGGAAGUCCAAUACAUUUACUGAAAGCACUUUCCCUGUUGAUGCUGUCCCUGAAUCGAUUGUAUGGAAAUGAAGCUCUGUUAAAACCAUCCUGAUUUAACCACCCUCUGGGACAUGAUACGCAGACAUGAAUAUAUGGAUGUGUGCCAAGAAACAUCAAGAUACUGAGAAGCAUUUUGCCAUAAACACAUAAAUUUAAACCCUCUUCCAUUAUCACGGCAGAAUUGAAGAUAAAACCUGGCUCUAAAAUGUGUUCUCUCUUUUAUGUUUAGUCUGCCGCACAGCGUCAAGGCGAGCCUGUCCCUUUCUCCAUCUGGGCCCGGGCGGGUGGGCAGUGGUGGGGGCUCCCCUACGUCCAAGAUGGGCUACUGUGGAGGUGUUCCUGUGGAGGACAUGCAAGCCUUGGCCAUCACCUCUCUGUCAGCAGCAGAUGUAGCCAAACAGUAUGAGCACAUCCGUGAGCUGGGGAAGGGCACAUACGGGAAGGUGGAUCUGGUGGCUCAUCGGACUCAAGGUGAGUUGGUAAAGGCACCCCGGGGGGGUUCAAAAUUUGAAGAUCUUUAUCGUCUAGUUUUGUCUUUCUGUGUUUCUUGACCAUUGAUAGAGGUGUACACACAAAAAGGCAUUUCAAGUGGUGCGGGUUUAGCUCUAUGAGUAGGUUGUUCCCAUUUACAGUGGUGAUAGUUUUCAAAGCAGGCUACCCAAUUCCAUCGUGUCAUCCCCCACUCUCUUCUUAGUUUCCUUUUCUCUAACCACUGCCCUAUCCUCCCUAUAGAGCCAUGAAAAUAACUAACAAAUAAUCUUUACAAAAAGAACAGCUGUUAAAGUUUCCAUUACAUGCUAAUAUCUGGACCAAAACUUCAUCUUACACAGAAAUAGCUUUUUAGGGCAACAGCCAUUUUUAGAGACACCUAGUGUAGAGGUUAAUAAAAAUAGUUUUUGAAAACUUCCAGCCUGUGAUUUGAGUUGACAGAUGGCAUCGUUUGUCAGCUUCUUUGCUAAGAGGUCCAAAAAUAAAGUUAAAUUUUAUGUAGGUAGUGGUCAGUGUGUACAGGGGUUGCAUUAUGGUUGAUGCUCUCUGCUCCCUUUGCAUAAUAAAAGCACUGUCAUCCAGGGCUGUCAAAAUUGCUCCUAAAUGACGUUCGAAUAUUCUUUCUAAAAAUAACUCAUAGGUUUGAACAUAUUCGAAUAUCUAUCUUACACAGCUUGCAUAUAACUUUAUCUCGCUCAGCAUUUUUUCCGUCUACUCUGUCUGCCCAAAAUCUAAAGAAUUUCCAAGCGGAUCUUCUAAAGUUUGUUUGAAUCCAGACCACUCUGGAAUCCAACACUCCAAACAUCCCGCCAUCUCUCUCUGCAUGUGCCACGGUUUUUGUGGAGUCUCACAGCAUGUGCAACUCCUGUGACCUGUCCCUGACCCGUUGUUACAGUGCGCUCACUCGCAAAGCAGCUGCUGUUUUUCAUUAGUUUUUUGGUUUUUUAUUUUUAGUUUUUUUUCCCACUGUGUAUUAUUAAUAUAUUCGAAUAUUAAUUUUCACUUUCAAAUCUUGUUUUUUCUUUUUUUUUUUUUUGAAUAUUCAAAUAUAUAUUUGAAUUUAGAAUAUUUGUUGACAACCCUACUGUCAUCCCACAUACUAUGGACUUCAAGUCAUCUCCCCCCAUCGAUCCCUCAGGUUGUGAGUGUCACAUCAGAGCAGAUUCUGGUAAAUGACUCUUAUAUACAAACACCAGUAAAGAGCCACAUUUGUCUACAGAGCUGCCAAUCAUGACAUCCCAGUAUCCAAUGACUAAUUAAAAGUAAACUUCUCCAAAAAAAAAAAAAAAAAAAAAGAAACACUUGGACAGAUAUUUGCAUAAUAAGAACUGACGGUGUGACAGAAAUCAUGUUUGGGAAAAAAUUCUAGUUUGGUUGAGCUGUCCAUCUGCUUUAGUUGUGUCUAUUUGUGGACAUUUUUGAAGAGUGUUUUUUCUCUCUCUCUCCGUUUUGAAAGAAAUACUGUCCACACUUGAGAUGUUUUUGAAAAAUUUCUCUGUCCACACCACAACAGUUGAAAAUGCUCACAUUCGCAUGCCAGGCUAGUAGGUGGCAAUAAUGUGUAAUCAGUCUGUCACGUCAAAACAUUCAAGAGGAACAAUGUGUCCGUGUGUAUAGAGCAUUCUUUUUAACAGCCUUCUUUAAACUGAAACGAUUGAGCAUAAAAUAUUAGUUUCCCCCCCACGCUGUGGUAUAAAGAUGAAGAACAAUGAGGUUUCCUUGUUAACAUGCAAAUAAACCUAACAGUACCAAAACAAAAACAAACUGGUUACCUUGGUGUAUGAGCAAUACAACAAAUGCCAUGCCGAAGUGCGUCACCAUUUCCCAAAACUUUCAUUUUUGCCACCCACCAGUGAAGAUGACCAAGAGGAGUUUUCAAAUAAGCAGUCCAUCUAUGCUUGGUGAAAUGCCGGUGUGGCAUCCUUCAGACUGCACAUGAAAUCCAGAGCACUUCUGACACCAAAAAUCUUGUUCCUCGCCUACAGAGUCUGCACUCUUUUGCAGAAUCUGUUAACAGAGAUUAACUUCAUGCCAGCGUGCCUCACAGUUGCGGAAAGCCCGCUCGGGAAGAUCAGUCUGAUGUCUCAAGGCACAGAGCCUCAACACUUAUUCAGAACAGUUCAAAGAUUUGUGUAAGAUUUUUCAGGUCUACUGUUAAUCCUUGGUUGUAAGAAAAUCAAAGUUAUUGAGCUGGCUUAGUCUGACAGUGGUAUAACUGAGCAAUGCAAAGUCGUACAGAGUGAGGCUAAGAGGGCAGCAGAGAUUAGUAGUACAUGUAGCUCUCUGCUGAGUCUCUGUAUUAUGUAGCUGCGAUCUUAAACAGCAGCUUUAAAUGUGUAAUAGAGCUAGUACAGAAACACUCUUGGGUUGUGUGUCCACACCCUGAGAGAGUCAUGUGUAUUCAUGAUGACUGUGAAAUUUUGGUUACCCAUACAUUCUACAUGUUUGCGUCUGCUUCACAGGCACAAAAAUGGCACUCAAGUUUGUCACCAAGAACAAAACGAAGCUGAAGAGUUUCCUGCGGGAGUACAGCUUAACAGGCUCACUUAGCUGCAGCCCGUUCAUCAUCAAAAUCCUGGAUGUACUGUUUGAGACGGAGGACAGCUACGUGUUUGGACAAGAAUACGCCCCAGCUGGGGACCUCUUCGACAUCAUUCCCCCACAGGUAACGCUAUCAUCCUUCCUUCUAACCAAUCACCGUCCUCACUCAUCCAGAGCUGCUCCAAUCAGUCCCCAUGUUCAAACACAACGGUUUUAACAAGCUCUCCCGGGAUUGGAGUCUUGUCUUCGUCCUGGUUUUCUUUCUGCCUUGCGCAGAGCUCUCACUUUGCUGUAGUUCUCUUCCUGUUGAUGUGUUGGGAGAGCUUCACUUCAAGGUUCUUCUGACGAUUCAUUAACAUGGUUGCAGUGGAACUCAAAAUGAGGACUUUUUCAUACAGUUUUCCUAUGUGGAACAUAUCCCACUUCACUGUGUUUCUGCAUUCAGUUUAACCCUUAUAUUUAUGAUUUUCUUGCAUAAUCUUGUAUAGACACAUGAAUAUUGCAUUAUGUCACUUGGUUUGCAUGAUCAAAAUCUUAACACUGUUCCUCCGCUCUUCCUUUUAGGUGGGUCUGCCAGAGGAAAUGGUCAAACGCUGUAUGCAACAACUAGGCUUGGCCCUGGACUUCAUGCACAGUAAAAGUCUGGUGCAUCGGGAUGUCAAACCUGAGAACGUGCUCCUGUUUGACCGUGAGUGUCGCCGCAUCAAACUAGCUGACUUCGGUAUGACACGGCGUGUGGGCUGCCGUGUAAAAAGGGUGAGCGGCACCAUUCCCUACACGGCACCAGAGGUGUGCCGGGCUAGUAGAGCUGAGGGUUUCCUUGUGACCACCAGUCUGGAUGUGUGGGCGUUUGGUGUACUAGUCUUUUGUAUGCUGACAGGAAAUUUCCCAUGGGAGGCAGCGCUGCCGGCAGACGCUUUCUAUGAGGAGUUUCGGCGUUGGCAGAAAGCAGGGUGCCCAGUGGGAACGUACCCAUCUCAGUGGCGUCGCUUCACUGAUGAUGCCUUGCGCAUGUUUCAAAGGCUGCUUGCUGCUGAGCCGGAAAAACGUUGUGGAGUCAAAGACGUCUUCUGCUUUGUCAAGUAUGAGCUGGUCAGCGAGCUCAGGCGCAGAGCGUCCUGCAGAGCAAAAAGAGGCGAGAGAUCAAGCUCUGGAGUUUGCACCGGCAGUUGCACUUCCUCCUCGACCUCCACUACGUCCCGAUCCUCCCACAGACAUCCAGAGCCCUCCACCCCUCCAGGAACAUCCUGCCUACGCCCAGCGCCACUCAAACGUAGUGUCCUCUCUGAUCCAUUAUCUCCUAGAGAGGAGUCUGGACCUCACCAAUCUCCGGGCCGAGACAAGAACAAGAGCCAGAUGGUGAUGGCGACUGCCAUUGAAAUCUGUGUGUGACCACGCCAAUGUUAGCAGAGGAGGCUAGAUGGCUUUUCACAGUAAUAACAAGCUUUGAAGAGGUGUAAAUGACUACCACAGAGACUCCAGUGAAACAGGAGAGGUACUUGAACAUAAAAGAGAAGCUCAGGAUCACAUCACUGGCUGUGGAAAUGCAAAUCAUCAAUCAAUGGUACACAUUUGGACAGCUUAUCACUGGCACAUGCCAUUUAGGUUUUGAUUUGUGACCAAAGACUGCUAAGCUGAGAAGCUUUUGCUGGCAGUAUUUAAGAGUCUGCUGAUGUUGCUCCUUUAAGCAGCUCAUCCCACCAUCCAGACGUUUGUGUUGUUCUGCCCAUAUACUGUGGUGGUGCUAACGAUUCUAUAAUUAGAAACUCCAUAAAAACUGUUUAUGUCAUUUCUCACUCUUCACUGGUAUUUCUAAUAAUGUCUCUUUAGUACUGUUCAUUUAUCUCAGAUUAUAACUCUGGGGAGGCCGAAACUGCUCAGUCAGGGGGCCAGUGAUCCUAAGGAAAUCUACGCAACCUACAUCCAACUGCCAUUUCUGAGACUUCCCGCCAACUUCCAAUGCAUCAAGUUCAUCAGAGACUCUUCAAGAGAAAGUGUCACAAAGAGCAAAACAACAACAAAAAAAGAAAUCUUCCUGUAGCAAUUUGUAUGAGACAUCUUUCAUGUCGGUGUCUAGACUUAGAGUUAGUCUGUCAGUGAUAGGCAUCACCUCAGGACACUUCAGUGGUUCCCCUCCUGUUUUAUUUGUAAUGGAAAUCCAUUGUGGAGUUGGAAACACAUCUGCCACUUUUUGAACUGUUCUCAAUGAGAUUCAUUUUCAGAGUUACUCAGUAGAAUACAGGGAUUGUACAUUUUGUGACUGGAAACAGGUGAAAAACAAAGAAGAGAAGAAAAAUGUCUUUUUAUUGUUUCUUUUUCUAAACUGUGUGUGCUCGGAAAUGUAUGUGAGUGUGUGUGUGUGUGUGUGAGUCUCAAAUGGUAAAGCACAAGAUUUUUGUAAAAGAGGGGACCUCUCAAGACAAUUUAUGACUCUAUAUUGUAAAUAAUUUGCUAUUUUUAGGAGUGUAACGUCCUAUCAGGUAGUUUAUCUAUGUAGCGGCACUACUUUUCUACGAAAGGGAGGAGGGGUUUUGACGUUUUACAGUUACUGUGUGGGUAAUGCAAUGUAUGUAGCAUCAAAAUAUGACAAAGUGUACAGUAUAUUACAAGAAAUUAAAGAUAGAGACAUAGUAUCACGAUGCAUAACAUGGUAGCAGCUGCUCUUCUCAUUUUUCUUUCAUUGUUUUAGGCUUUAUCUAAACUGGACCAGGCAUUACUCUCAAAUUGAAAAAUAAACAUGGAUCAUUUCUGUAUGUCGUCUUCAUUGGCUAAGUUUAAGCAACAAAUGGGUGCUUAGUGGAUCAACACGUCACUGCUGAGUUAGCGUAAGGUGCUCAAAUACCAGACACGUGACAUGCAACAUUAUCAACCACUCAUAGUAUGUAGUGGAAAGAAAAGCCUUCCUGUCUCUUCUGGAAACUCAUCUGAAGGUGUCACAGGAAUAGCAGAGCCCAGGUGUUGAUUGUUUAGAGAGAUGACCUCUGUGUCAGCUGGUGCUGUUCUCUGAGUCGAUGAUCGAUCCUGACCAGUGCACAUGCUCAUCUUCCAGACAGAUACUUUUUAUUAUGAGAGCAGAAUCACAGUUACAUUGGUGCGAACGCUUCAGUGCGUACUUGUUACCAUCAACUCUCUCGCUUGAAUUGUUUUGCUGUUCUGUCAGUCCGGUGUGCGCGUGUCCUUGUUUCUGUUUGACUGUGUGCUUGUCUUCACUUUCCUCAUUUCCCACUCCUCCCUUGACGGCCCAUCAGCUCUGUCGCUAUAGUGACAGUGCUGGUGCUCCUCCUGUUUGGGCUCCUGCCUUCUUCUUGAAAAUCAAGUCUAAUUGAGCCCAAAUGAUACAACCGGUCACUAACACCCCUCCCAGGCACCGACAGUUGCGUAGACAGUUGCUAAGCUUAUUAUUUUCAAUGGCACUUUUGCUUGUAUUUUUAUGAGACAGUUCCCAGACUUUAGUCUUUAUCCAGUCUCAUCAGACAUUAAUGAAGUUGCUGAUGCUUCCAGAUCCUUUCUCAUUCAAACUAUACUCUUUGGUCUCAGCUAAUUGAAUCUGAGGACUUGUGCAGGGGGUAUGUUUUACACCAAGAUGCUGCCUUUCUAAAGAAUCUGCCAUAAGGUAAUCUGGUAGUAAAUUGACAAUAGAUGUGGUCAUUUAGGAGGGAGGUUACAUUAUGUGUCACAUCAUACUGCAAAUAAUUAUGCAAUGCAACUGUAUCGAUACAGCCGAUAGUGGAUAUCUGGCCCAAGGCAAGAUUUUCUGUCUGCAACAAUCUUGAAAAAUAAAUAAAUAAAAAAGAAUUAGGCCAUCAGACAAGAGCUGAUGGUUUCUAUAGUUCCUUCUCAAUCAGGCUUUUGUUUUCUGUUGUUUUAAAAGUGAAUGUAUUUUGCAUGUGACUGAAUCCCUCUACAUGAUUCAUGAAUAGUUAAUAACACAUGACAUUAUGUAUCAUACCGUUACAGAUCAUGUUCGUGACUUAUCAUGAUAUGAAGCAUCUCAACUUGAUGCGUCAUGACUUGAUGCUUCAUGACAUGAUGUGUUUUUAUCGUGGUGUAUCAUAACUUGGCAUUUCAUAACCUCACUUAACAAUAACAUAAUGUAUCUUAGCCUUAUUCAUCUUCAUAAUGAUUUCAAAGCCUAGAAUAUAUCACACAUCAUAAUCUCAAGCAGAAGCUACAUCACAAGAAUACAAAACACAGGACAAUGCAGUUUAACAAAGGCCAAACAGAGUGUACCUGUCACCACCCAAGUGUGCUCAGAAGUGGUCUGCCGAGGCUUUAUUUAGAGCCAUCGGCAUCAUAAUACUUAGCUGCUGAGAUGUGCAGUGUCGUUUUUCAUGGACUGUUUUGACAGAGAUGAUCAAGUUUAAAAAUGAGGUGUCAAAUUAUUUUGAGUUUUAUUGAAUCUCCAGAGAGUAGCCUUCCAUAAAUAAACCCAGUCUAUCCUGAUCCAACGAUCAAAGUGUUUUCUGCCAGCAAGAAUUGUUGUAGAAACAUAUGUAAAUACUUUAUGUAUUGUGUCUUUAACAAAAGAAAAAAAGAACAAGCAAAAUGUUAAUAUAUGUUGAAAUAAAUUUAUGCACCACA